AUGCACACCGUUUUUCGAAUUGAUGAAAUUCGACAAGUUGACAAAAAAUGUCCACUUUACCAAGUGGACCUUAAACUUACGUCGGAUGAUGAUCAACAACUUCGUCGAUUAACCGAUCGAAUACGACAAGAAACAUCGGGCAGCACCGGGUGGCAUAGAAUGGGUCAAUUGCUGCUCAAAAUUGGUCAAUUUGACAAGGCCGAAGAAUUAUAUACAGCACUACUAGAACAGGCAUCCAACGACAGUGCUAAAGCAUAUAUCUAUAACCAGCUUGGAGAGAUGAAAAAUGGCAAAGGGCAAUAUACAGAAGCAGCUUCAUUUUAUGAAAUGUCUCUCGAAAUUUAUCGAAGAACUCUCCCGGAAGAUCACCUUUCAUUAGCUAAUAUCUACAACAACAUCGGUCUCGCAUAUUACAACAUGGGUGACUACUCGAAAGCAGUGGAAUUCCACAAAAAAACAAUUAAAAUAAAAGAAAAAACUUUGUCUCCCGAUGACCCGGAUUUAGCUCUGUCCUACAACAACAUCGGUGGAGUGUAUAACAACAUGGGUGACUACUCGAAAGCACUUGAAUUUUACGAAAAAUCAUUUAAAAUAAGAGAAAAAGCUCUGCCUCCGAAUCAUCCCGAUUUGGCUCAAUCCUACAACAACAUCGGUGGAGUGUAUAACUACAUGGGUGACUAUUCGAAAGCACUUGAAUUUUACGAAAAAGCACAUAAAAUUCUCGAAAAAGCUCUGCCUUCGAAUCAUCCCGAUUUGGCUAUUUUCUACAACAACAUCGGUCAAGUGUAUAACAGCAUGGGUGACUACUCGAAAGCACUUGAAUUUUACGAAAAAUCAUAUAAAAUCUACGAAAAAACUCUGCCUUCGAAUCAUCCUCAUUUGGCUACUUCCUACAACAGCAUCGGUCAAGUGUAUAACAACAUGGGUGACUACUCGAAAGCACUUGAAUUUUACGAAAAAUCAUUUAAAAUAAGAGAAAAAGCUCUGCCUCCGAAUCAUCCCGAUUUGGCUCAAUCCUACAACAACAUCGGUGGAGUGUAUAACUACAUGGGUGACUAUUCGAAAGCACUUGAAUUUUACGAAAAAGCACAUAAAAUCGACGAAAAAGCUCUGCCUCCGAAUCAUCCCGAGUUGGCUACUUCCUACAACAACAUCGGUGCAGUGUAUAAGAACAUGGGCGACUACUCAAAAGCACUUGAAUUUUACGAAAAAUCACAUAAAAUCUUCGAAAAAGCUCUGCCUUCGAAUCAUCCCUCAUUGGCUACUUCCUACAGCAACAUCGGUGAAGUGUAUAACGACAUGGGUGACUACUCGAAAGCACUUGAAUUUUACGAAAAAUCACAUAAAAUAAGAGAAAAAGCUCUGCCUUCGAAUCAUCCCCAUUUGGCUACUUCCUACAACAACAUCGGUGCAGUGUAUAAGAACAUGGGUGACUACUCGAAAACACUUGAAUUUUACGAAAAAUCACAUAAAAUAAGAGAAAAAGCUCUACCUUCGAAUCAUCCUGAUUUGGCUAAUUCCUACAACAACAUCGGUCUUGUGUAUGGCAACAUGGGUGACUACUCGAAAGCACUCUCAUUCUUAGAAAAGGCACUUUCUAUCUUGCAAAAAUCACUUCCACCUAACCAUCCUUAUAUUAUAAUGGUCACAAACUCAAUUAACAAUGUAAAAAAGAAAAUGUAA